AUGGUGUCGAGACUAAGGACGUGUGUCCUCUGCCUCCAGUAUCCCUCGGGACGGUCCAAACUGUCUACCAUUCCCACUGCCGCCGGUGGCUAUAGCUCCAAGGUCAGGCCACCAGAGCUAUGCGUGGCAGAGGAUGAAGAGCGCAGGGCACGCAACCUGUCAGGGCUCUGCUUUGGGAGAAACCCCGUUAUCAAAGUGGAAAGAAGAGAUUUUUUUUUUUUUUUUGAAAGGGGAGGAGCGUGUGCAGAGGGGCGGAGUGGGAGGAGAAGCGGCUGGCUCUCCCGGAUCAGACGGGAGCUGGAGUUGGGUGGGGAAGGCGGGCGAGUUCCAGCGCUCGCUCUGAGGGUCGGCUUCCUCUCCCCCUCCCGCGCGGGGCGGGGUGGUGCCUUAGCUGGACCCAUUAUUGUGGAGCCUCAUGUCACAGCAGUAUGGGGAAAGAAUGUUUCGUUGAAGUGUUUAAUUGAAGUAAAUGAAACUAUAACACAAAUUUCAUGGGAGAAGAUACAUGGCAAAAGUUCACAGACUGUUGCAGUUCAUCAUCCUCAAUAUGGAUUCUCUGUUCAAGGGGAAUAUCAGGGAAGAGUCUUGUUUAAAAACUAUUCACUUAAUGAUGCAACAAUUACACUACACAACAUAGGAUUUUCUGAUUCUGGAAAAUACAUAUGCAAAGCUGUUACAUUCCCACUUGGAAAUGCUCAGUCUUCUACAACCGUGACUGUAUUAGUUGAACCCACUGUGAGCCUGAUAAAAGGACCAGAUUCCUUAAUUGAUGGAGGAAAUGAAACAGUAGCAGCCAUUUGUAUUGCAGCCACUGGAAAACCAGUUGCACAUAUUAACUGGGAAGGUGACCUUGGUGAAAUGGAAUCUACUACAACUUCUUUUCCAAAUGAAACGGCAACAAUUGUCAGCCAGUACAAGCUAUUUCCAACCAGAUUUGCUAGAGGAAGGCGAAUCACUUGUGUUGUAAAACAUCCAGCCUUGGAAAAGGACAUCCGAUAUUCUUUCAUAUUAGACAUACAGUAUGCUCCUGAGGUUUCAGUAACAGGCUAUGAUGGAAAUUGGUUUGUAGGAAGAAAAGGUGUUAAUCUCAAGUGUAAUGCUGAUGCAAAUCCACCACCUUUCAAAUCCGUGUGGAGCAGGUUGGAUGGACAGUGGCCUGAUGGUUUAUUGGCUUCAGACAAUACUCUUCAUUUUGUAUAUCCACUGACUUUCAAUUAUUCUGGUGUUUAUGUCUGUAAAGUGACCAAUUCCCUCGGUCAAAGAAGUGAUCAAAAGGUUAUCUACAUUUCAGAUGGUCCAUUUAAGCAGACCUCUUCCAUAGCCAUAGCCGGAGCUAUAAUUGGAGCUGUCCUUGCCCUUUUCAUCAUUGCUGUCUUUGUGACGGUGUUGCUGACUCCUCAAAAAAAGAGACCAUCCUAUCUUGACAAAGUGAUUGACCUUCCACCCACACAUAAGCCACCUCCUAUGUAUGAAGAACGAUCCCCUCCUUUGCCUCAAAAAGACCUUCUAUAUCAGACCGAACACUUGCCUUUGCAGACUCAGUUCAAAGAAAGAGAGGUUGGCGGUCUCCAGCACUCUAAUGGACUAAAUAGCAGGAGAUUUGACUACGAAGAUGAGAACCCAGUGAGGGAAGAUGGGAUUCAGCAGAUGUACCCCCUUUACAAUCAGAUGUGCUACCAAGACCGGAGCCCUGGCAAACAUCGUCAAAACAACGACCCCGAGAGAGCCUACAUCAACCCGCGGGAACAUUACGUGUGAUUUUCCUCAUUUUCCACGGGUGUUCUAACAAAUAUUAUUCUUAGAUUGGGGAGAGAAACCAAGGUCAAUAGUUAUUAUUUUAUUCUCUCGCAUAAAACAAUCUCAGUCUAAGUAAGUAUAUUGGAAGUCAUGAUGAAUGACUUGGAGCCGAUAACGAACUUCUUUCCUUCAUUAAGAGUUUCUUCACCACCAGCUGUGUUUGUGAAUUUGACUAUAGCUUUGUGUGUUUCUGUGAGGAUGGUGUUUAACUACUAACAUUUGGCCUACAAUAGCAUGUUCAUUUAAAAGUAGAGCAUCUGCCUGUGAUGACAGCAGUGAUUCUCCAAAAAGAAAGGCCCCAACUGGGACUAUUAACCUCACUGGGUCUCUAGCAAGCCAGCUUGUUCAUCUAGAACUCAAAAGGGCAGAAAAAAAAGUUCAAAAUCCAUUUCACUAAUUAUUUCGUUGGGAUUUGGCUUUUCCUGACAUGCUUACUACAAUUACAAUACCUGUAUACAAAUAAAAGGCCAGAGGACACAGGCAAAAUUUGUUCUUUAUCCAGAAAACAAGGGCAGCUUAAACCUUCAAGCCUGUUGGUUUUAGACUCUUGUGAUACUGUCAUAUAUAUUACUUCUUGAUUCACUAAGGUCCCGAGGAUACAUAUUUCUUGCCUAGUCAACAUAUCUGUCUAGUCUGAUCAGCAGAGUGCCAGCUAAGUACAUUGCUCUGUUCUCCUUUUGCUCUGUCAUUGUCCCCACAGUUCUGUUCUUUGCUAGCCAGAUUAUCCUAUUUUCCACCUAUUAAAUUCUAAAAACCCUGCCUAAAUGGUGGACAGCCUUGAGCCUUUUCCCUCUUUUCUGUGGUAUUGUACAUGACAGGCUCAGCUUUCACUACUGAAAUUUCUUUCAAAGUAAUCCCAUCCACACAGGCUUUAGCCACCCUCUGCGUUCUUCAGCCUACUAUCGUCCAUGUUUUAUCUACCUCAGAAAAGCUGGAAAAUCACCAUGAAAUAACUCUUGUUCUUAAAAGCCAGGUGGAAAAUUUGAAAACAACAACAAAAAAAAGCCACUUCAUUGUGGCAUAUGUGCUAACCCUACGUUUUGUCCUUGAUCCCCGCUCUCCUGCGUUACCUAGUCAACAAGAAUAAAGAGAUGCUAAAAGAAAAAACGCAAAUACAAUGACUGACUUACCAGUGUAUCUUAUACUACUAUGCUGCCUGCCAGUGUCUGUCUUGAGUUUUCUCACUUCGCUUUGACAACUUUUCCUCACUGAAAUUCAAGGUAGUAAUGAGAGUGGGGUGAGCAGAGGAGGGAACACAGGUACAGAUGUCGACUACCCUCUCUCAUAUCUUAAGGUAAGCGUUGUUUUACUAUGCAUUCUGGAAGAUUAGAGAUAUGUCACAGAUGUGGAAAAAAAAAAAACCACUACAGACGUCAUAUAUUAGGAGAGAGUGGCAUAAACACUAUAGAACAGUACACAUUUCUAACCUAAGCUUCAAGGGGACGGGAGAAUAUUAACAGAUUUCUAAUGGGUACCAAAGAUACGUUAUGAUUCGUGUUGUACUGGCUCUAGUUCUUGCUUGUGUGUUUGUUUCCUUUUCUUCGUUUCCAUACUUUGUCAGAAAAAUUAUCUAGCUAUUCUACAGUUGUGAUACACCACCUCCAUUACCUGGGUGACAAAUGAUUCUGGGAGAAAAGAUGCUUAAAUUUUAAUUCAGUGCCUUAGCUGGGCUAUUAGCAAUUUAAAAGGUGCUCCUUAGAUGGGGUCAAAGGGUAAAUUCCAAGGACCCUCAUUGAUGUAUCACUGUGCUACCUCAGAGCUAGAGUUUGCUGCCAUUUGUAGCAUGCUGGCGCAGAAAGAAAGUAUUUAACUUUAUUAUUUGGAAUCCCAUCGUUGAGUUAGUGUAACUGAAGAUGUAGGAAUCCUUGCAAUUGUUUUCCAAUAGGAAGAUGACUGUUCAGAGCUCUCCUUGACAGGGAAGUGUUUUAUAAAUAUUGGAUGUUACAGAGAAGGAGAUACGGUGGUGCAUCACCUCCUUUAGAAAGCUUUAAAAAUGUCUUACACAUUGAGGAUGGUUUCUGGGGUCCUGCUGGGAAGCAGGUUGUUGAAUUAGUGUCACAAAAGUGUACCCAGGAUCUAGCGGGGAGUAGAGACAUCUGCAUUUGCCCUGGGGAAAGAGGUUUGGAAGCACUGGGUUUCAGGAGCCCUUUUGACCGGUCUUUAACAACUUCCCUAUCAAGAUGAACCUACUAUUGCAUUUUUAAUAUCAUUAAUUAUGGAAAAGAAAUUUCAGGAUAUAGAUACCUCCCUCACAGCCAGCUAGUUCAGAAUCUUCUUUGCCUCUCUGUCGGCUAUGAUAUUUCUUUAACAAACUGGUAGAUGUUCCAGCUGUUUGCCCCUUGCAUGGGUCAUGUAAGCUGUAUGAUUGCUUGUCCUGGUGCAUCCCAUCUGUUUUCUCUAAAUACUGAGUGGAAUAGAAAGAGGUUUUAAAAGAGUUUGAUCGACCAGCCCCCUCAACCGAAAUAUACCAUCCAAAAUUAGCCUGUCAAUCUCUAAAUUUGGAGCCUAGACUACUUGACGAUGACCAUUUAAAUUUGGAAAUUAGACUCUUAAAGGUCGAUGGGUGAGGCUUAAGGAUAUGAGACACAGUUGAUACUAGAUACUCUCUGGUUUACUGAAAUACACUGAAACAGAAAUAAAUCCCAGAACACUUAUCCACUUAUAGCUGCAGCUUUGCAUAUCAAGGGGAAGUGUGCAUGCUCCAUCUUAAACACACAGUCUUUAUUACCUAUUUUGUAGGCUGUCCAAGCUCCGGGAGUGUACACUGUUGCUGCAGUAGCAGAUAACCAGGUUCUUUGCAGACCCUGCUAAAAUAAAGCAGCUAUACUAAUUUA